AUGGCAAAGCCAAGAAAGAUCCGUGGCCGUCAGUCCAACAACUCGAAGGCAAGACGCCAACAACAUUAUCGACGAGGAGGAACUUUAUUCAGGAAGGCGUUUGAAUUCUGCCAGGAGUGCAACGCGGAUAUCUCGAUGCUGGUCCGGCUAAAAGAUAGCGGCCAGAUUUACGUGUUUAAUUCGAAUGAACGAUGGAUUCCUUCCCAAGAAGAAUUAAUACUUUACUACCCCACGCCCCGGUGGAUAACCUGGCAAGAGCUGGCGGCGAAAUAUGAUUCAUGA